AUGGCGCCGAGGCCGGAGGAGGCGGGCGGCGGCGCGGGGCAGGCUGCGAGCGCCCCGCCCCGCGGGCCCGGCCGUGAGAUGGCGGCGGUGCUGGCGGGCGGCUCCGGGCGAGUCGUGCGGGAGGCGGUGCGGCGCUUGGCGGUCCGCCCUCCCGCCCCGGGCGGCUGGGGCUGCGCGCCCGCAGGGAAGCGGUAUCUGCUAACAGAAGAAGAUAUAAAGUUACAAGAAUUUCAGCAGAUGAAAGUGGCAAUUAGAAAUGAGCUUCAUGGUAAUAAAGAUCAAUAUUUAAAAAAUAUUAAAGAAAAACUAAAGAAAAAUGGAAUAAUUCUCAAAAAUGAAUUAAAAAAAUUGCUGCAUUUAUGUCAGACUUCAUCUGAUGUGGAACUAGCCAGAAAAGUUAUUUACAGGUACCAUGAACAGAAUGGAAUCACAGCCUUACAUAGUUUUAAAUUUGGGCCACUCUUUAUGAGGCUGUGUUAUGAGCUAGACCUUGAAAAACCUGCAGUAGAGCUAAUUAAAGAUCAGAAUUUGCGUGGCUUUUUCUCAGACAGUACAUCAUUCCAUAUUUUGAUGACUAUGUUGUUUAAAAAGGGGCAUUUUGAAAGUGCUUUGGAAGUUCUGGUAGAAAUGAAAAAACAAGGUAUACCUUUCAACAGAGAAACAUAUCUACUUGCAGUUGCAAUAUGCUAUAAACUGGGCAGCCCGGAGUCUUCCAAAAUCUCUGCGAGACUGCUUGAAGAAGCACAGCUAAGAGGUGACACAGUACCACUGCGAGCAUACUGCUUUGCAGUGGCAACUGCUCUCCAGCAGAAUGAUGUAGCACAAGCCAAAUUUUAUUGUUCCCAGAUAAUGAGAACAGAGAACAAGCUCUACAAUAAUCUUAAAGUCCUUGUCCAGCUCAGAUCUGGUUUACUAAAAGAAGUAAUAAAUACAUUAGAAGCAGCAGUGGAAGUAGAUACUCCUCCCUUUGUGAAAAGAACUGAGUUUUCUGAGCAGGUGGUUUCACAGUAAGAGAUUCUGUAGGAAGUGCUGCUUAAAAUUUUGUGUGUUGGCCUUCAAACUCACCUGGAACCUGGACAUGGCCCUAAGAAGCUUAACCUGAUUAGACCUUCUCUGAGCUGGAGUUUGGACAUUCAUUUCAAACUGAAUCACCUGGAUGCCUCCUGUUAUACACCUGAACCUACUGACUAUCCUGUCUUGUGAGAAACAAAUUAAGAUUUCAGAUUCCCAGAGCACCGUGAUGUAGCUGUCUUCUACACCACUGUACAGAAAAGGUUCUCUUUUUAGUGUCUGCUACUCAGACUGGUGAUUACCUAUCCUGGCCCCAAUGCUCACUUGAGAUGUCAGGGUUAUGAGUUACAAAUGGAAGUUUUGGACUCAAACCUGGCCUCUCUGUUGCCCCUUUUCUACCCAGAGUAUAGCAGUGCAAGUUCCCAGUUCAUGUGACAGCCAUGUGAUCUACAAAUAGUCAUCAUGGUAGCUAGUCUGGCUAAUUCCAUCACAAGGUUUUCAAGGUUUGUAUUCUAGAUAGACUGUAAAUUGAACUUUUUGUCUCCAGCUUCCUAAAUUGUGAGCUAGUCCUUGUUGUCAGUUUCUAUGAAGUUGAUGGAAGUUUGUGGAGUCUCCCUCCCUCUGACCUGUGUGAGGUGCUUGAAGAGAGAUUAGAGCCUCACCUGUAUCCAGCAGAAUCUGCAACACCAAAAUGAAAUAUAAAUCACCAGUCUUGUGGCUGCUAGGCAAUUCAGGCUAGAAAAUUAUCGUGUAUGCUUUAGGAACUGGACAUGUCUUGUAGCAGGAGACUUGGCAACACCAUCCUUGAUGGAAAAUUCUAGAGAAUAUUGGGAAAGAUAAUUUAAUAGUAACACUUGAAACAGUUGAGUGAGAAUUCCCAUGGUUUAACCCCAGGCAGCAGCCGUCCCCACACAGCUGCUCACUCACUCCCCCACCAGAGAAACUGGGGAGGCAAUUGGAAGGAUGAAAGCUGGAGAAUUCAUGAGCUGAGAAAAAGACAGUUUAAUAGGGAAAAUAAAGGCUGGGCACACAAGCAAAGCAAAGCAAGGAAUCCACUCACUGCUUCCCAUGGGCAUGCAGUGCUGUGGCAGUUCUCUAGGACAGCAGGGCCCCAUCAUGGUUACUGGGGAAGUCAAGCCCUCCAGGUGUGCUCCCACUCCUCCUUCUUCUCCCCACUUUAUACACUGAGCUUGGUGCCACAUGGUCUGGAAUAUCCCCUUGGUCAGUUUGGGUCACUGUCCUGGCUCUGUCUCCUCCCAAGCAGCCCCAUUCCCCUCACCAGUGUGGCUGUACCAAAGCAGAAAAGGCCUUGGCUCUGUUCAAGCCCUUCUCAGCAAUAACAAAAACAUCUCUGUAUUCUCAACCCUGUGUUCAGCACAAAUCCAAACAUAGCCCCAUACCAGACACUGAGAUGAGAAUUAAUUCUUCCUCAGCCCAAACCAGCACACCAAGUAACAACUUCCUUGCAGUUAUUCCACCUGUAAGUACCUACAAGUGCUCUAAGACUUCUUUCAGCUUUAUUACAGUAAAUGAAUCUUGAUUUGGAUUACAAGAUUUUAAUUUUUUUGUUGUUGUUGCUGCUGACUUCACUGUUACAAAGAGUGGUUCUGCAGUCCUUUCAGCCACCAUGUGCUGCUGGAGACAGAGGGUCCAGCAUAACUUGUUAUAACAGGAAAGAGAAUCAGUUCACAAAUUCACUUUACGUAAUUUUAAAAGUCCUAAGUUUAUGCUUAAACAUGAGCAAAAUAGUUUGGGAAACUUCUCAUCCUCCUUCUUUAUAAGACCAUCACUUGGUGAGGGGUAAAGGGAAGGGAGGAAUAAAAAGGAGAAAUAAAAGGCAGAGACAUUGUUGAGAACUUCUUCUUUGUUGUCAGAAGCUUUAUCAGUUCUCAUAUCAGAAUGACAGAAAAAGAGAACUGUGAUGGAGAAAGGAUGAUACAUCUACAGAAUUGCCAUAGUGGUUAGGUACUUUCAGGGGAAAUUCAGACCACAAAAUUUGCUCUGCUGCACUUUUACUACCCUUUGGAAGGGUUUAAGAUUUGUAAGCAUUGGCAAAUAAAAGCUUUGAAAAAUUUCUCACAAAAUGCUAAGAAAAGCGUAUACUUGAAUUUAGGAAAGAGCCUGCAGUGUCUAUUACCCUAAUGCAGCUCUCUGUGGACAGUCACACAGAUGAAAGCAUCAGCAUAUCAAAUUUCAGGCCUGAGAGCUUACACCACCUGCACUUUUGCAUGAACUGGCCAGACAGCAAGGCAUUUCUCCCUUGAGUUAUCAUGUAUUUCUAUUUUCUGUGCAUUUCCAGACAAAGUAGUUUCCUGCCUUGAAGAAUGUGAUGGGGGACAGUAUGGUGCCUUGUAAUUUACAUUACCAAAGACAGUUUUAGAUUUUUCCUUUUUUACAUGUAUUUGUAACUAUCUUAGUGACACCUUUAUUUUGGGUUGAUUCUUUUUUUCUAAUAUAUCUUACAAAGGAAGAAUUGAACUGUAGAGUAACUUCUGACAGGAGAGAUUUCUGGAAGUCAUCUUGUCCCACCCCCCAUUUCAUAUCAGUGGAGAAUAGCAGGAAACAUCAUCAGAGAAAGAAAUUAGAAGCCUUGCCUCUGCAAUUGUGGCCAUGUGCAUGUAGCUUCCUUUUUUUACCAGUGAAAUAAACCUUGUUCUUUCACUUUUUAUUCCUUUUAAGAAACAUGGAUUUUCAACUCUUUCUUUGCACAUGAUUAUAGGUAGCUCCUGUUCUUAGCCUACUUAUAAAAUGGUUGUGGGUGUUUUAAGUAUGGGCUGAGAAUCAUUCUAAAUUAGGCCUUUCAAUAGUAACUAGCUUUUAUUGUUUGUCCCUAAGUUUGGGUGCCUAAAAGUGAUCCUGUGAUCUCCAGAGAGUGGAGCAAAGAGCUCUUCUUGCCCUGACAGGUGAUUUUUAGUAACUUACCAUUCCAUUCUGCCCACAGAGUAUUUCUUACCUACUGGAUAAAUAUAAUCAGUCACCUUCUGCUACAGUGAAUUGCUACAAAGAAUAGUAAAAAUUCAAUGAAAUUUUAAGUCCCACAUAUUUCAUUAAUGUUCUUUUUAUAUUUACACUAUUAUUUUAAAGUAUCUUUUCCAUAGGGUCAGAGUAUAUGUACAACUUCCUGAACCAAGUCAAUACUUCCCAUGCCAGUCAUCUAAUGGAAUACUUACAUAAUUAGCCACUUUUUUUCCUUGAAGUCCUACGGGCUGGGGUGUUCAUGUUUUUCCCAAGGAUAUUCAUCUGGUGAGCUUCUUCCUGAUGACAUAUCUAGAAAUGUCCAGAUCAAGAAAAGACUUUUCACACUGCCAAAAUAGUAGCAGUAAGAAGCAAUAUCCCAGUAUGUCUCUGAUUAUUGCUGUGUAAGAGUAUGUUGAAAGACUUAUAAGUAAUAUUGGUCUUGUUGUGCUAUCUCUUAUCCUUCGCUCAGGUUUGGAUGUCCAAACAAGUUGCUUUCUCUCCCAGUCUCAGCAGUCAUAUAUUUGCUCCAGUGCCAAGCUGGCAUGUCAGUGCAUUUCUUUUCUCUCGUGCUCGCAUAUAAAACCAGGUGUGAUUAUGUUCCUCCACUGUGCUAUGCAUGGUCCUAUUCCUGCCCUAUAAUCUACCAAGAGGUCUGUGCUCAAUUUGCCAGUCAUCAUGUGCAUUGCUGUAAUGUUCUGUUUGCCUACAUGCUUAAAAGCUGAAAGUCUUCCUGUUAGCUGCAGGGAAUAAUUUACAUGUGUGGUUUUUGUCUUUCAAAUAUUCAAGGUAAUUUCUAUAAAUAGUGAGUCAGGCCAUUAGUGUGUGUUUUGAGCAAGACUGCUUGCAUAAUUAGUCUAGACAUUUAUGUAGGCAGCCUGGGAACAGCAAGUUAGAGUCAUACUGUUCUGUUCUUGGUUUCUUAAUAUUUCUACUCUUAUGCGUGCACACUCAGAAAGGAGACUCAUGAAUACAGGGUGUUGGGGGAGAGGAAACAAGACCUACUUCUCCAUGGCAGAAGAAAAGUACAUCAGCGUGUGUUUGCUUCAUCAGAGCUGUUUUCCUAUCCUGGCUGCAGUCAUAAUUCCUGCUGUGAAUCAGGGCAAAUAAAAGAAAUGAGGAAGGGUAAUAACAAAUCAUCUGUUUAAUAUUUAUGCCUAGAAUGUUUCCCAUUUCUUUCAAACCCCAUAAUACCCCACUAAAUAGCCCGGUCUGCUUCCAAUAAAUAUAUACAUUUAAAAGGAAAUGCAUUGAAAAUUAUUGUAAUGCUUAAUAAUUUAAUCAGGUCUAUUAUGCAAUACAUUAGAAAAUUUCCUGUGAAUAGCAUGAGAGACUGCCACAUCUCUCUGAUUUUGAGUGCAAGUAGAGGUGUAUUCUCAAAAUGAUGCUGUGACCAUAACCAAGAACUUAUUUGAGAACUGAAAUCUAUUUCUUAGAAACACCUGAGAUAAUUUAGCCAUCCUGAUUCCUCAGCUUCUAGCCAGAAACACCAAGGGUCUAAGAAGUAGCAUGAAGGAAUUAUUCCAUGUAUUUUAUGGAUAAAUAUGUACUUACAGCCAAAAUGUUGGUAUUUGCCCCUGGAAAUUUAGGGACAGAAUUUCAGAUACUGUUUCACGUGGGUUUUCUAUGCUGUCUGGCAGCUCAGAAAAUUGAACAAGGUAACGUGUCCCAGAAAUGAGGCAGUUCAGACUGGACACCUUGCUCAAAAUUGUUGUAGACAGUUUUGGCUGGCAGCUAUAUGGUAUCUUGGUGACUUCUUGCUGUGAAAUUAAUUAAUAGCUCUUGGCAGUGAAGUUGCAGUCAAGUCACUCUAAGUGUAUUUAACCAGGGUGGUUUACUUCACAAACCAUUCCUUGUGCCAGAAAUAUAUGUCUGUAAUGAUGAUGGGAAGCAGUGUGAUCUUGUAUUUUUCCCACAUGCCUUGUAAAUCCAAAGAUCAUGAAAUCUUGACAAUUAAUCUAAAAAUGUCCAUAAAACAUACAUUAUUUUGAAGUAAAACAAAUUUUGUCUUACAGUA